AUGUAUAAGCAAUGGGGAAAUGGAGACAUGGAAUCCGAACAAUGGAGACAUGGAAUCAUUACAGCUAUCUUUAAAAAAGUUGUUCAAAUCUAUAUCUAUAAUCUAUGGACUGAGAAUUUAGAUCAAGGGGGAAAAGUGGAUAUAGUUUAUAUACAUUUUGCCAAAGCUUUUAAUAAAGUUCCUCGUAGAAGACUUAUUGGUAAACUUGAGCCUAAUGGAGUUGUUGGUCGAGUAGGUGCAUGGAUUCAAGCUUUUUUAUCUGGCAGAGUUCAAAAAGUAACAGUAAAUGGGCAUUCAUCCUCCUGGACUAAUGUCACAAGUGGCAUCCCGCAGGGAAGUGUGUUAGGACCACUUCUGUUGUUUUUUUACAUAAAUGAUAUGCCUAACUAUGUUAGUUCAGAGAUGUCUUUAUUUGCUGAUGAUACCAAAUUGUAUAGGGAUGUAUCAACAUAUAGGGAUUAUGCACAGUUGCAGGAUGAUUUAGAGCAACUGCCUUUUGAUAAAGUUCCUCGUAGAAGACUUAUUGGUAAACUUGAGCCUAAUGGAGUUGUUGGUCGAGUAGGUGCAUGGAUUCAAGCUUUUUUAUUUGGCAGAGUUCAAAAAGUAACAGGAAAUGGGCAUUCAUCCUCCUGGACUAAUGUCACAAGUGGCAUCCCGCAGGGAAGUGUGUUAGGACCACUUCUGUUGUUUUUUGACAUAAAUGAUAUGCCUAACUAUGUUAGUUCAGAGAUGUCUUUAUUUGCUGAUGAUACCAAAUUUUAUAGGGAUGUAUCAACAUAUAGGGAUUAUGCACAGUUGCAGGAUGAUUUAGAGCAACUGCGUGAAUGGUCAUUGACAUGA